AUGGUGCUCUGGUACCAAAACUCACACACUUUCAAUAAUGACUUUAGAACGGUAUCUUUGGCAUUUUUCAACCGAUACCCGAACCCUUAUGCUUCUCACGUCCUCUCGAUAGAUACGUUGUCGAGAGAACUAUCACCGGCGGGCGACCUUUGCACGACGCGUCUCAUCAAAAAGACAGGCAAACUUCCACAAUGGGUCAAACCAUUUCUUGGCCGUAUUUCCGAGUCAUGGAUCAUCGAAAUGUCCGAAGUGGACGUGAGGAACCAAGUACUCCGAACCUACACGCGCAACCUUGACCACACUCGCAUCAUCCAAGUCGAGGAAUUUACGACGUAUAAUUUCGACAAGAAGUCGGGCAAGACCCAGGCUUCAAGCACAGUCAAGUUUUCAAGUGGCUUCAACGUCGGGAUACGCAGCCGCAUUGAACAAUGGUCACACAGCAAGUUUGACGAAAACGUGAAGCGCAGCAGGAUGGGCAUGGCAUUCGUAAUGGAAAGGUUGGAACAGCACCGUCAGGCAUGGUCAUAA